AUGCCUCCUACACAGCAGCCAGCGACGGCCUCAACCGGGCCGACGACGGCCGAGGAAUCAGCGGGAUUUCAGUUACCAUGGGCGGCUAUUCCGAAGUUCAUUCCUGGAACGACAGAUGUGACGGAGUACAGCAGGAAGCUGGAGUUCCUGGCGGCCAUGUGGCCCAAGGAACACUUGAGUUUGCUCGCCCCGCGGGCAGCUCUUCAGGUGGAAGGCACGGCCUUCAAGAAGAUCGCCAGUUUACCGCCAGACAAGCUUAAGAGCAGCGAUGAGUCUGGGAUCAAGCUUCUGGUUUCUACUCUGGGUGGAUCCUGGGGAAAGACAGACCUCGAGGCGAAGUAUGACGUGUUCGAGAAGGCCUUGUACGGCACCGUCCAGAAGCAGGAUGAGACGAACGAUAGUUACUUGGCCAGACAUGACGUUCACUUCGAGGAGCUGUUGUCGCAGAGCGUGACAUUUGAACAAGUACGUGCCUACAUAUUGUUGCGCCAGUCCCAGCUUACUUCAGAGGAUCGGAAGAAGAUCAUUUUGGAGCUUGGCGGAAGCCUAGACUACAAGAAGGUCUGCUCAUCGAUUCGGCUUUUGGGGUCCCGAUUCUUUGCCGAUCUGCAGGGUCAGAGGGUGAUGAAGAACCUCCGGAGCGAGAAGAUGGUUCCGGCGAUGACGGCAAGCGCUGCCGUCGAAGAGGCCGAAGUGGACCUCGAUGAGGGCUUCAUGGAAGCCAUGUUGGCUUCGGAGGACCAAGACGCCUUGCAGGUUCAGGCAUUCGAGGAGGAGUUGGAAAGCUUCUUCCAGGAUACUCCUGAGCUUCAAGAGGCCUUGGUGAGCUACAUGGAAGCGGGCAAUCGCUUGCUCGCUAAGAAGAAGUCCCGCGGCUUCUGGCCGAUUGGAGGAAGCAAGGGUGCUCCCAAGGGCGGUCGCAGUUUCAAGGGUGGCGGCAAGGGCAAGGGCAAGCAUCGAGAGCAGCUUCUGGCUCGUAUUGCUCGCUCGAACUGUCGGAUCUGCGGGGAAAAAGGACAUUGGAAAGCGGAAUGUCCCCGCCGCAAGGGAAACCCGAGUAGCGAAGCCACCACGACGGUGGCCGAGGCAUUCAUGGAUGUCUCCCAGGUCGCAGAUCAAGCCGUCACUCAGGAGAUUUUGACCAGCUUGCCAGCUGAUGCCUUGACCUUGGAGGAGGCGCUUUGCACGUACAAUCCUGUGGCGACUCUUGCCCAGCAAGCUAGUCAUGUUGAAGCUAUCCUUGAUACGGGUGCCAGCCGUUGUGUGAUGGGCAAGAGUUUGCUUCAGAAGUUCAUUGGCCAGCUGAGUGAUUCCGUUCGUUCCAAGAUUCGGGUGCAGAAGAGUGCCAUUCGGUUUCGGUUUGGUAACAAUCAGACCUUAAUGAGUGAUUGCCGCAUUUUGCUGCCUUUCGGAACAACGGAUCACCAGGUUUUGUGGCUAGGGAUAGAGGUGGUACCGGGUCAUACACCUUUACUGUUCAGCAAGAAGGCUAUCAAGCAGCUAGGAGGGGUCAUCAAUACCGUGACUGAUGUGUGCGAACUUCGCCGCCUUCAGCGUUCGCUUCAGAUGCAGACCGGCCCAACGGGGCUAUACAUGAUCGACCUGUCAAAGCUGUGUGAAGAAAGUUACCAUGCGCCGACUUCCCGUGCCCCGACAGCCAGUCUCGGCACUCGUUUGGUCAAGCUGCGAGACCCCACCAUGAGUCUCAGCAUGGCCGAGAUCGAGGCACUCAGCCUCGAAAAGCACGGUGCCUUUCUGGUGAACUUUGGUACAAAAAUGAAGGGCCGCACCUUCAUGGACUGCGUGGAGGAAGGUUCCGACUGGACCAAAUGGUUCGUGGAUCACUACCACGACAGUGGCAAACGGGAACACAAGGUGUUCAUCAACUUCGUGGAAAAAUAUGUGAGCCAGGCGGAGCAGCUCGAGGUCGAGCUACGUGGCGAACCCGCCGUGAUCAAGUCGGACAAGCCUCGCAAGACGAGCAUGUUGAGUCAAGCUACGCCAAAGGCCCGUGCUCGCGAGGACGGUCCCGAGAUCCCUUGGGAAAUGCUGGAGGAGCCUGCGCUCCAGGACCAAGUGGCGACUCUGAACAGUCGCAUGUCCCAAAUGGAGCAAGUGAUGCAGGAAAUGAUUUCAGCCAUCCGCCAGCUGAAUGCGCUGAUGCAAAGUCAGCCCACGCUGUCUGAGCUUCGCAUGUUCCUGCGAAAGGUGCCGUGGCACCUCUUUGCCGAAAGUACUGCCCGGGCCGCCGUGAUUGCCCCAAAUCCCGACCGCACCACGAUGCCCGGCACCAGCAAACGAGCUCGGUCCCAAAACCCGACAUGGAAGGAUGGGCGCCUCCACCAGUUCCUCUUCAUGGGUCACCCAGAUCCCAAGAAGCUUUCCGAGCACCUGCGUGCCGCUGGUGAAGACAAGCAGCUCGUCGAAGCAGCGCUGGAUUAUCAGUGUGGCCAGGCUGGUUAUCGAGCCUAUGUUGUUCACGUGCUUGACGAAUCCAGCUGCUUCCACCUGGGAACCCCUAAGCUUGUGUAUGUUGACCCAGCCGGGGAAUUUCGAUCGGAAGCCACCUUGGAAGCCUUUCAGCGCCAAAACAUCAAAACAUUUGUCACCGCAGCUGCUUGGCAAAGGGGUCGAGUCGAGCUCCACGGUGAUAUCGUAAAGAGCAUGUUGAGCCGACUAGAUAAAGAAUCCCCAAUCACCAACGAUAGUUCGCUUGAUCAGGCACUUCAUCAGGUCUUCAAUGCUAAGAAUGCUUUGGUCCGUCAUAAAGGCUAUGCUCCAGAACAGAUUGUCUUGGGGAAGUCUGUUCGCAUCCCCGGAAGUAUCACUUCCGACGAGGAGUGGAGUUCUCACGCACUGACCGAAGGAGAUGAUCUUGAAGCCGAGGCCCACCGAAGACGAUUGGACCUACGGUGUAGGGCUCGACAAGCCUUCUUCGAAGCCGACAACUGCCAAACAAUCCGGCGGGCCAUGUUGAGGCGUAGUCAUCCGGUAGGUGGCACGGUCCGGCCAAGGUCAUCUGCCAAGAAGGGCGCCAGUACCUUUGUUGACCUCACGAUUCCCAAUCCAGAAAUCACCGCGAUACCCAAUUCCUCGAUGAAUGCCUCACCCUCAGGAUCUCCUGAGCUGGCUGUUUUGUCACCAGUUCCUGUGUCUGGCGCGUCCGCCGCUCAGGGAAAUGGAGAAGGCGAUAAUGACAUUGCUCAACCCGAGCGAGAGCUUACGCCUCAAGUAAGCAUUCAGACGGAAGCUCCAGUUUCCCUUGAUGCGCCAGAAGUUGAGCGCGAUGCCGCAGCUCCUUCUGAUUCCGUGCAGCCGACCGUAGAGUAUAGUGAUCCUGGACAGAUUGAUGUCGCAAGCAUCCCUGUGCCCGACAGCGAGGAGGGUCUUUACACUGAGACAGCCCUGUUAGCUAGUCACCAGUUGGGUGUUCGGGACUCUCAGGGAGAGGAAAUCAUGGAUUUCACAACGCUUCAGACUAGCGACAACUUUCAGGGUCCCCCGCUUGCCGAAGAUGACCUAAAGCGUUGGGCAUCCGAAGCAGCGCCCGAGCAGCUUGAGGUAAAGCUGUUUGAACAGGCAAAGGCUAAAGAGUUGCAAUGCUGGGAACUCCGUCAGCUUCUCCAAAUGAAAGAUGACGAAGUCUGCCAGUUGCUGGGGAAUGCGUAUGGGAGAGUUGAUGCUCCAUUGCUGUUCUACAAAGAGCUAUCUAAGCAGCUUGAAGCCCUCGGGUUCAUUAGGCAUCCUCUUGAGCCGUGUGUUUUUCUUCUGUACACCCAAGGGAAGCUAAAUGGCAUUUUAGGGGUUCAUGUUGACGACGGGGUUUGCGGAGGGGAUGCCGUCUUCCUAGAUAAAAUUCAGACUCUGCAGAAAACCUUGCCCUUCGGUAGCCGAAAGUUUCGAGAUUUCGUGUUCACCGGUAUUCGACUUGAGCAAAUGCCUGACUUCACGAUCCGUGCCUCACAGGGCGAAUACAUCCGUCAAGUGUUGCCCAUUGAUGUAGGUCGUAGUCGAAGGCAGAACCCAGAAUCCCCGGCCACCGAAGAGGAGCGCUCCAAGCUGCGUGGUUUGGUUGGAAGCGUUCAAUACGCGGUCACCCAUACGAGGCCUGACAUAGCCGCUAAACUAGGGGAAAUCCAAAGCCAAAUCACAACAGCAACUGUGCAGACGCUGCUGACUGCAAAUCGCGUUUUGCGGGAGGCCCAAGAGCUCGAUCAGGUCUGCGUACACUUUCUUUCGAUACCGGCAGAUCAGCUAACUUUCGUCUCUUUUGGAGACGCAUCCUUCGCCUCCUCGAAGAAUCUUAAUUCCCAUCAGGGUGUUCUUGUAUGCGCCACAAAUGGUCAGCUCAGUAAAAACCAGGAAGCCCCAGUGUCUCCUCUUGCUUGGGUUUCUAAGAAAAUACCCCGAGUGGUCCGAUCAACUCUGUCAGCCGAAGCUUACGCGAUGUCAAAGGCCGUUGAUCUUUUGGGAUGGCUCCGUGCACUGUGGGGAGUAGUACAUGUGCCUCAUUUCGAUUGGCGACAACCUGAAAAGAGCUAUAAGCUGCUGAAUACUGCUCUCGUAGUGACAGACUGCAAAUCCCUCUUUGAUCUCGUGACCAGAUUAGCCAUGCCAACUUGUGAGGAACAUCGCACGACGUUGGAAGUGCUCUUGAUUAAGCAGCGUUGCGCAGAGAACGCUCAGUUCCGGUGGAUCCCCACCACAUUGCAGGUAGCUGACAGUUUGACUAAGAAUAUGGAUCCAUCCUUGCUUCGGACAGUCCUUGCGCAAGGCCGUUUUCGCUUGUUCGAUACCUCAGAAUCCCUAGCAAGAGAUGCCCAACGCCGGAAAGCCAUUGAGUGGCUCCAACAGCCUUCAGCCGCUUCCCCCCGACCCUAA